AUGUGCGGCCUCCUCCGCUUCUACAAACACCAACUCGCGAUGAGGCCCUUCCUCACAAACAUGACCGUCUCAUCAGGCCUCUUCAUGGUCGGAGACGCUGUCGCACAACACGCCGUGGAAAAAGUCCAUGCUCACGAUUGGUCACGAACCGGUCGUAUGGGCUUCUUCGGCGGUUUCAUAGCUGCCCCUAUAUUUGUCUCAUGGUAUGCCGUGCUGGAUCGGGUGGUAACGACCAAGAACAAAUACUUGAACACGAUCUGUCGUGUCGGUCUGGAUCAGACUAUCUUUGCUCCUUUUGCCAUCGGAAACUUCUUCGUCUCGCAAUCGCUGCUAGAAGGCAGGAGCUUCCCUGAGAUCAAAGAGAAGUUGGAAGCAUCAUACUACACCGCAUUACAAAACAACUGGAAAGUCUGGCCGAUGGUUCAGGUCGUGAACUUCUCCAUCGUCCCGACCCAGCACAGAUUGCUCGUCGUCAACACCGUAAGUGUAGCAUGGAACAGUUACCUCUCAUACAUGAACACGCAAGGAGAUGAAGCAGUGGAAGAAACAAUGGGUUACUGUUAG